ACUGAACUUGCAGCUAACGAAAGUACGAACGAGGGAUUGUCGAGACGCCAAUGUCGCCAAACUUCAGAGCCUGUAUAGUUGCAAUGUAAUUGUAGUCAUUGUCAUGGCAUCGGAAAGAUACAGUUUUUCAUUAACAACAUUCAGUCCCUCGGGCAAGUUGGUGCAGAUCGAAUAUGCUCUUGCAGCAGUCGCAGCUGGUGCCCCUAGCGUUGGCAUCAAGGCUUCCAAUGGCAUUGUCUUCGCUACGGAGAACAAGCACAAAUCCAUUCUCUAUGAGGAACACAGUGUAAACAAAGUUGAAAUGAUAACGAAGCACAUUGGAAUGGUCUAUAGCGGAAUGGGCCCAGAUUAUCGACUGCUGGUUAAACAGGCUCGUAAAAUGGCACAACAGUAUCUUCUGGUUUACCAGGAACCUAUACCAACUGCUCAACUAGUGCAGCGAGUAGCCAUGCUCAUGCAGGAGUAUACUCAAUCCGGUGGUGUUCGUCCGUUUGGCGUAUCUCUCCUGAUCUGUGGUUGGGACAACGGCAAGCCGCAUCUGUUCCAAUGUGAUCCAUCUGGUGCUUACUUCGCAUGGAAAGCGACCGCGAUGGGAAAAAACUUUGUAAAUGGCAAAACAUUUUUGGAGAAGAGGUACAGCGAAGAUUUGGAGCUCGACGAUGCUGUUCACACUGCGAUUCUCACACUCAUAGAAGGUUUUGAGGGUCAAAUGACAGCGGAUAACAUCGAAGUUGGAAUAUGCGAUGAGAAUGGUUUCCGACGGUUGGAUCCCUCGAACGUCAAAGACUACCUGGCGAAUAUCCCUCAAUAAUAUUUAGCUUACAAAAUACUUUUUUUAUACAGCCACUUAUUUCAUGCUAGAACGUAAUAACAUUAGCGUUCAUGCUGAUCAAAGAAGGCGGGGGUAAUCCGAAUAAAUUUUUGUUCCGUCACUA